AUGACUUCAGACUCCGCCGUAGCACGCUGGCUCGACGACACCGCUUCGAGACCGCCGUCUGACACGUUGCUGCACCCGGGCGAUGAGUUCCCGCUGCGCACAUUCUCGAACCCUCCCUCGACCAGCAGCCUCUCCGACCUCAGCAGCGGCGACGACGACGACGACGACGACGACCUCCACCACCACCACCACGCACCUCGCCGAACAUCCACCAAGACUACUGCUGCUAAGCGAGGCCCGGCGGACGUAGCGAAGCUCAUCCACCCGCCCACGCCGACGGGUGCGACGUUUGGGGGCAUGGAGCAGUCGACGAGACGGCGAUCCUCCUCGAUCACUGGCGCCGCCGCCGCCGCCACGAGCACGAAGGAGCGCAAGCGCAGGAGCAAGACGCCGCGGGACGACCACAUUGCCGAGGAAGGGGAGGACAGCUCGGGGAACGCGUCGGACAGUGGAUCGCGCAGCGACAGCACCGACUUCCAGCUCGACGACAUGAGCGCCGACGGGCUGGACGACGACGAGGAGACGGGGCUGACGAAGAAGGUGCGCCGCAAGAACGCAAAGCGGAAGCGGAGGAACACGCUGCUCGACAACCGCAUAGUGCCCGAUGCAGGCCCCGCGUACACCAAGGAGGAGAAGGCGCUCGCCGACCAGAGCCUGUACCGCUCGAUGCUCGUCAAUGCCGUCCUCAUAUGCCUGUGGUACCUGUUCUCGAUAUCGAUAUCCGUCUACAACAAGUGGAUGUUCAAGGUCGACAAGGGCGGCGGCGCAACGCAAAACAUCUUUCCUUUCCCACUGUUCACGACGUGUCUGCACAUGCUGGUGCAGUUCUCGCUAGCCUCUCUCGUACUGUUCCUGGUGCCCUCCCUUCGACCUCGACACGACUCUCUCAACCUCCACGCGACGGGCGCGCGUGCGGAGCCAGUAGACCCCAAGAAGCCGCUCAUGACCAAGUGGUUCUACUUUUCGCGGAUAGGACCCUGUGGUGCAGCGACUGGCAUGGACAUUGGCCUGGGCAACACGAGUCUAAAGUUUAUCUCCCUGACCUUCUUCACAAUGUGCAAGUCGUCUGCACUCGGUUUCGUGCUCAUCUUCGCCUUCCUCUUCCGCCUCGAGCAGCCCUCAUGGCGCCUUGUGCUUAUCAUCGCAAUCAUGACCGUCGGCGUCGUCAUGAUGGUCGCCGGCGAGACCGCUUUCCACGCCCUAGGCUUCAUUCUCGUCAUGGCUUCGGCCUGCUCUUCUGGCUUCCGCUGGUCCCUCACCCAAAUCCUCCUCCUCCGUAACCCUGCAACCGCAAACCCAUUCUCCUCGAUAUUUUUCCUCGCGCCCGUCAUGUUCAUCAGCAUAUUCGUUCUCGCCGUUCCCGUGGAGGGGUUCGGUGCUCUACGGGAAGGUCUUGCCCGUCUCUUCGACCAGGAAGGCACAGCCCUUGGCGUCGGCAUCCUUAUUUUCCCCGGCUGUCUCGCCUUCCUGAUGACAUCGUCUGAAUUUGCUCUGCUGAAGCGAACCUCGGUCGUCACACUCAGUAUCUGCGGCAUCUUCAAGGAGGUCGUAACCAUCACCACGGCAAACCUCGUCUUCAACGACCCGCUCACGCCCAUCAACCUCACAGGCCUGAUCGUCACUAUCGGCAGCAUCGCGCUGUACAACUACAUGAAGAUCAAGAAGAUGAGGGAGGAGCAUCUGCUCAAAGCACACUUGGAUGGCCAGGAAGAGUACGCGCCCGUCAACACCGCUGACCCAGACCGCGGCGGCAGCAGCCCGUCAGUGAGCGUGAACAGGGGCAUCAGGGCUAGCUUGCAGCUUGCACCAGGUGUCAGUGGACCGGCAGGCGUGGAGUCUCCAGCAAGAGCCAGCCCGGUCAAGAGGCCGGAGGACUUGGAUUAG